AUGGGGGGCAACCUGGGCUGUCACCGCUCUAUCCCCCGGGACCCCUCGGACCUCUGCCACAGCCGCAAGUUCAGCGCGGCGUGCAACUUCAGCCACAUCCUGGUCAACCAGGAGCGGCUGAACAUCAACAGCGCCACGGAGGAGGAGCUGAUGACCCUGCCCGGCAUCACCCGCACCGUGGCCCAGAGCAUCGUGGAGUACCGGGAGUACAUCGGGGGCUUCAAGAAAGUGGAGGACCUGGCGCUGGUGAGCGGGGUCGGGGCCGCCCGGCUGGAGCAGGUCAAGUUCGAGAUCUGCGUGAGCAGCAAGGGCAGCUCGGCGCAGCACUCGCCCAGCUCCCUGAGGAAGGACCCCAACCCCGAGGCGCAGCACCACCUGGCCGCCGCCAGGCUCAACAUCAACACGGCCACGCCGGCCCAGCUCAUGAGCAUCCGCGGCGUCACAGAGAAGAUAGCCCAUGGCAUCGUGGACUACCGCAAGGAGCACGGGCCCUUCAGAAGCAUCGAGGACCUGGUGAAGAUGGACUGCAUCAACUCCUCCUUCCUGGACAAAAUCAGGCACCAGAUUUUCACCGAGAGGUCACGGCCCCCUUCCACCAAUACCAACGGGGGGCUCAGCUUCAACGUCAAUCCUCACCCCAGCCCCACCUCUCUGAGCCUCCAGAGCGAGGACUUGGAUUUCCCACCUGGGGGCCCGACCCAGAUUAUAUCCACUCGCCCCUCGGUGGAGAUGUUUGGCGGGGUGAGAGAUGGCAAGCCUGUGCUGAGGGUGGCUACCUGGAAUCUGCAAAGCUGCUCUGUGGAAAAAGCCAACAACCCUGGCGUGCGAGAGGUUGUGUGCAUGACACUGCUGGAGAACAGCAUCAAGCUCUUGGCAGUGCAGGAGCUGUUCGAUAGAGAUGCUUUGGAAAAGUUUUGUAUGGAGUUGAACCAGCCGACUCUGCCAAACAUCCGCAAAUGGAAGGGCCCUAGAGGAUGCUGGAAGGGUGUUGUUUCCGAGAAACCUUCAGGCGAGCUACAUAAGGGUGUCGAAUAUUCUGGCUUCCUCUGGGACACGACGGCUGGCAUCGAACUGAAGGAUGCCUCCUCCCAGGAAAGCGCACACACUAAUGGCAAUGGGAAACAUGCCUACCCUCACCCUUACCUUGCACAUUUCAAGGUGGGAAUGAAUGAUCUAACACUGGUUAACCUUCAUCUGGCCCUGUCACCCUCAGCAGGAGAGAAUACAGAGAAGAAUCAUGAUAGCCACAAAUUAGCAGCCUUUGCACAGACUCUGCAAGAAACACUGAAAGGAGAAAAAGAUGUGAUCAUUUUAGGAGAUUUUAACCAAGCCCCAGACAGCAGUGACCUCGAUCUUUUGAGAAAAGAAAAGUUCCAUCACCUAGUGCCUGCAAAUACAUUUACAAACAUCAGCACAAAGAAUCCUCAGGGAUCUAAGUCGCUGGAUAACAUCUGGAUCAGUCGAAGCUUGAAAAAGAUCUUCACAGGUCACUGGGCUGUUGUGAGAGAAGGCCUUACAAAUAUAUGGAUCCCUGAUAACUGGUCCUGGGGAGGAGUGGCUUCAGAACACUGCCCUGUAUUAGCUGAAUUUUACAUGGAAAAGGACUGGAACAGAAAAGAGGUGACCCGAAAUGGAAACGGGGUGACCAUAGAACGCAGUGACUCAAACAUUAAACACGAACGAUGA